UUCCUAUCCAAGCUACUGGUGUGCUACGGAGACCAGACCGAAAUGGCCGAGUUUCGGAGAGGUUUUCAUACAAUCGAUCGGAAUAACACCGGGAAAAUCACAAUGGAAGACCUACGUGCCUAUAUGCAUCGAAUGAAUUAUAAGGAGAGUUUUGUUGUUAAAUGGAUGAAGCUUUUCAAACCGAAUGAGGAGGGUGUGAUUACCUAUGAAAAUUACUGUAACACUCUGGGUUUGAUACCACGGAGACCAGAGUCAGUUGCGAGCGAUAUUAGUGAAGCCACGUUCCCGGAAACACCGCAUAUCGAGCCGCAUUCAUCAACUGAAGACAGUGAAACCACUCAUGCGAACAAUGCUGUCACAGGCGUCACGGAAGUUUUUGACCAACAUGCCGUUGAGGCCACAGUGUCUCAGACACAGACUGUUCCGGGGGAUGUGGGUGAAUUUUUCGCGCCAAAAGAAUGUAGAUUACAGAAAAAGACCAAAAAGUCACCCAGAGAUCCUAAGCACAAACUUUCGAGCGCUUCUAAAAGUUUACUUUCAUCUGAUCUCACAGAUACCUCCAAGGAAUUGGAGUUUGAACAUGGUGAAUGCGCUUCUCUGAGCGAACCAGAAUCCGUGGACUUGUCACAUGUGCCCGCGAUGCCCUCUCAGUUGGACAUCGGUAUGUUAUUGGAUCGGCCGUCGGAAACAUCCAGUAGCACAAAGGCCCAGGCAGAGUUCCCGGGCGAUGCAGCCCUUGAGUUUCGACAGCCUUUCUCUUCUGACCCACAAGUGCAUACGACCUUUGCUGACGAUCCUGUGGACAUCCCUAUAUUCAGCGAAAGAGAAGAGUCAACGUUCACCAAUGUAGUGAAAUCAUCCAAACGGAAACGCUCCACAAGCAAAAGUAAAGAAAAACGGAAACAGAGGCUCAGAGGAGCACGCAGUGAGAGUGACAAAAACAGUACUGAAGAAAUUUCGACAGUAGAAACUCCAUCAGUGACAGAAUUUUUGUCACAAUUGGUCAACCAGAACCCAGUACAUUCUGACCCACAAGUGCAUACGACCUUUGCUGACGAUCCUGUGGACAUCCCUAUAUUCAGCGAAAGAGAAGAGUCAACGUUCACCAAUGUAGUGAAAUCAUCCAAACGGAAACGCUCCACAAGCAAAAGUAAAGAAAAACGGAAACAGAGGCUCAGAGUAGCACGCAGUGAGAGUGACAAAAACAGUACUGAAGAAAUUUCGACAGUAGAAACUCCAUCAGUGACAGAAUUUCCGUCACAAUUGGUCAACCAGAACUCCGGUACAUUGGAAUCUGCAGAACUAUAUGUUUCCUGUCAACUACCAGUUUUUCAAAUCCCAGAUAUGCCCACAAUCCCCGAUGAUGUGACUGCUGAACACAAUGGAGUUGAGAAAAGGGAAACCGACCACCAAAGUAGAGAUAUUUUUGGAGAGGAACAAUCCACAGAAGAGCAGUCCAAAGGAGGUAAAGAAAAACGCGAACAUGAAGAUGAAGUGCCGCCCACCGCACCUGAUAACGGGAAUAUUACGUAUGAAGACAAUUUAUUCUUCGAAUCUGCCCGGUCAGCGGAACUUGGACCAGAAAAUAUGAAUAUAGCUGAUGUGGCAAUGAUUUCUUCGGAAUGUGAAUAUGUUAUCGACCAAUCAGUUACCAAUCUGGGGGAGAACGAAAUCGUGGGAAAUGCUGUGGAACCUAAUGGAGCGGAAAAGACAAAACCUGCAGUGGAUUUGAAACAAACCAAAGACAAAGCUAAACAGAAAGGUAAGCACAGAGCCGAUGGAUCGCGCUCCGCAUCCGAGAGUGAAAACCUGCAGAGUGAUAAACUUCCGCCAGAGGCAGCCUCAACAACAGCAAUUAGUGUGGAAUUUGAGCCGAUGAGUACAGAUCACAUAACAACGGUGCAAGUUGAAAGUGAAAAAGCUGAAUUUGCUAGGCCUAAAUCUCCUGCAGAUGUGAGUUCAGAUGUGUAUCACAUUUCAAGUGAUAUUCCCCCUGAGAGUAACGACACAAGUGAAGCGGAACAAACGAUAAGCGCAAUACCAAAAGGGCAUAAAUCCAAGCAGCUCAAAGUCAAAAGUAAGGAAAAGGGGAAGAAAAAGGGUGAAGUUUUGCUGUCUGCAUCCGAAAGUGAACGUAGCAGAGAUGGAGAAAUUUUGACAGCCCUUCCAGUGACAGAAGAUAUGGAGAAACAAAAGAAGACGGAACCGUUUGAAUCUACGGAAGACGUCCCUCCUUUACUGACUGGUUCGACUCUUGGUGACGUGUCAUUGGAUCGCGGAAGCUCUAGCCAUCCCGAAGAGCUGAAUUUUCUGAAGACACCAGGUACAGAACAAAAGAUAUCUAAGCAGAAGCAUCGCAAGACCACAAAGAGUAAGGAAAGUAAUGACCAAAACGAAGAAGUUCCACGCACCACGCCUGACAGUGAAAGCUUUGGUCUCGAAGAAGUAAUGGAUCUUCCAGCUAUAGAUAAAGAAACAGGACAGACAAGUACAGAACUCCUUGAAUUUGCAGAACCCAUCACUUUUUCGAAUGAAUCGUUGACCAGUGUGACCUCUAGUGGUGUAGUCUCAGAUCACAAAGCCAAACGUAAGAGGAAAGUUAAAAACAAGGGUGAGAUUUUACUGUCUGCAUCUGAAACCGAAAAGAGCGGGCCUGAGGACGUUUCUGCAAUCACGGGCCCUCUCGUGUCAAAUCAGAGAUUAGCGGAUGUAGAAAUGGAACAAGAAACUACUGCAUGUCUUGAACUUGCUGAAACUCCUUUUCCGCGUUACGGGUCACCCACCGAUUUGAACUUGGAUACACAUACAAGCCGCGACGGCAUAGUUUCAGAUAGCAUAUUUCCUUGCCCGGAGUUAGGGGAUACAAAUGAGUGGAAGUAUCCGAAAACGAAGGGAAAAAGAAAGCCUAAACAGACCAAAGCGCACACUUCGCUAGAGAGUGAGGAAAGAGAGAUUCCAGCGUCUCCUAUCCUGAUGGAACUCAGACCAGAUGUGGGAGAUUCACAUACAACUGCACAGUUUGAGUUUAUCGAGGGAUUGGCUUCCAUACACCAGCCAUCAAAUCAACCGAUUCCAGCUAUCACCGAACAUACUGAGGAUUUUUUCAAGUUGGAAUCAUCAGAGAGUUCAAAAGCAACAAGUAUAGAGCAGAAGCGCCCCACGAUAAAACGUGGCGGACUGAAAGGCGAAAGGAACGAGGAACAUACAGAGAACAUUCCACGCACGGUGCAUGAAAGUGAGCCUGGCCCUUCCGAGGGGCCAUCAUCUGUCGCAGCUCCUUUAAUGACAGAAAUGGAACUAGGAGUGAUGGAUGUGCCUCAAGACCACAAGAAACCACGUGCGAGAAAACGCUCAAGGUCAGUUCCGAAACAACAUCCUCAACAGGAAGAAAUCUGUCUGAGUCAGGACAGUGAAAGCUUGAUGGCACCGCGAAUGGAAGCGGAGAUUGUAGAAACGGAACCUUCUGGAAAAUCGGAGAAAACUAAAGUUCAGAAGAGGGAAUAUAAAAACGGGUCUGCGAUAAUAUCCAAAAGUAAAAAGGAUAAAGCCAAAAUCAUUCAACCCCCUGCAAAUGUGAAGACUGAUACUAGUUCACAACUCUCAGCGGAAUUUUCUGUGAGUGAAACACAACAAGGAGGGGAAGCCUAUCCCGGUGAAAAAGGGUCAAAGAGUGGGACCAAGCGGAAGCGGAAAACAGACCAAUCAAGUCAUAUUGAAACGGAUUCGAGAUCAAAGGCUCCAAAGACUAAACCGUCCAAGGCGCAUGAAGAUUCUGGUCCCUCAGUGCAAGGAGGUGCGAUUACCGGUACAGCUUCAACUGUGAAUAAUGAAUCUGUAAGUGCAUUGAAGGAUGCGACCCAGGAAUCGGUCUGCUCCAGUUGUCGACCAGUAACCACCCCCAAAGACAUUAAUCCAGAUGCAUUGUUUUCACGCAUUCCGUUUUGGAUGCGUAUAAGAAAGAAACAGUCAGUAAUCAGAAGACGCAGAGUAAUGCGCAAAAUUGAUAUGAAGCGGAAACGUGAGGCCCACCGCGAACAGUUGACGGAUGAUGCAUCAACCCAGAUGGUGACCCACAGAUUCCCACGCAGUUUUGAAACUCAACCAAAUCCAGAAAAAAGCAAAUCACAAGUCCGUAAACGGCGCCGUGCUGUUGAACGUCUGGUCAAGUACAGGGCAGACCAAGUCAAUCGGGUUCAACGCCCGAAAACAAAGAAAAAAGCCAAGAGGCGUCUCACUGCGCUGGAUCGAUGGAAGGUUCGUUCAAGUCUUCGAAAGCGUGGCGUUAUUGUUAUUUUGCUUGGUGGCAGACAUCGUGGAAAGCGCGUCGUCAGUUUGGGUCGACAAAAGUCCACGGGACUACUCUUGGUCACUGGCCCCUUUCGGUACAAUGGAUGUCCUUUGCGACGAGUUCAUCCCAAUAUGGUACUGGCAACAGAGACACGAGUGGAUCUCGGAAAGUUCAAAGUUCCUCUGCGUGUGCAUUCAAAGGAGUACUUUGCUCGGAAGAAGUUGGACAAAAAGCAUAACUUGGACGUUCAACUGGGUCUGAGUGGCACAUCUGAUUCGGUUGAAAGCAAACGGUUUGUCCCCAAUGAAGAACGAAAAGAAGACCAGCGAAUCAUAGACGAAGAGGUUUGUAAAUGUAUCAAAGCACAUGCAGACUCUCGAAUGCUAAUAAAAUAUCUGAGGUCCUUAUUUUCCCUAAGUAAACAUGACAAACCGCACGCAAUGCAGUUUUGAGCACUGAAGUCAGUAAUCUUGGGUAUACCAAGCCCCCUAAUCCUGCUGUUCAAUAUUCUUACCCCUGAAUAAGUUUCAGAGAUAUUCCAAGCAUUGCUUCCCGGUCAACUUGUUCAGUUUAGGUACCAUCAUGAGUAAGAUACCCCUUACGCUUUCAGCCUUUGUAAAUGGGCUUGACCACAGUUGAAAUGAUGGCCAAAUAAAACACUUUUUGGAUAAUUCGUGAGUUACUUCUGUUAUGCAACACAGGGAUGUCUCCAAGACAAGAAACUAUGCUUAUUGAUUCAUAUUUUGAGACAAG